AUUGAGACCUUUUGGAUCUCUCUUGCAGCAUCAUCAUGACAACAGAGAAGAGUCUAGCAGCGGAUGCCGACAAUUCAGAGCAGCAGCAAGCCAAGGAGGAGGAAGGAGCUGCUGAAACACAAAAGCAAGAGGCUUCCCUAGAAGAAGGUGCUCAGCAGACAUCAGAGGGACAGCCUGCAGCAGGGCAGAAGCAGAAGGCCUCCAACGGCGAUACACCCACGCACGAGGAGCAGAGCAAGAAGGAGCGCCGCACCUCCGAGGGCCGGGGUCUCUCCCGCCUCUUCUCAUCCUUUCUCAGGAGGCCCAAGUCUCAGGUGUCCGAAGAGGACAAAGACACUGAUGCUCCUAAAGAGGCAGGAGGUGACCAGAAAGACCCAGGAUUAGGAGCCAGCCCUGAUGAAGAUAUCCUGGUGAAAGCCCCAAUUGCAGCUCCUGAGCCUGAGCUCAAAACCGAUCCAUCACUAGAUCUGCAUUCCUUAAGCAGUGCAGAAACACAGCCUGCGCAGGAGGAGAGGAGGGACGACCAGGAGCUGGACAGCAAAGACCUCGGGGGCAAGGAAGGAGGGGAAGUGAAGGAGGAGUGUGCCAAGCCAGAGCCAAAACAAGAGACUCCGGAGACCAAAGCAGACAAGGAUUUGAAAGCUGCCCAGAAAGCAUUAAAAAGACACAGAAACAUGUACUGCAAAGUUGUCUUGCUGGAUGACACCAUUUUUGAGUGUGCCGUGGAUAAACAUGCCAAGGGGCAGGAUCUACUUAAAAAAGUCUGUGACCACCUCAAUCUCCUGGAAGAAGACUACUUUGGUUUGGCCAUAUGGGACACGCCGACCUCCAGGACGUGGCUGGAUCCUGCCAAAGAAAUAAAAAAACAGGUUCAUGGAGGCCCCUGGGAUUUUACCUUCAAUGUCAAGUUUUAUCCGCCGGAUCCUGCGCAGCUGACGGAGGACAUAACCAGGUAUUACUUGUGUCUUCAGCUUAGACAAGACAUCAUUACGGGGCGGCUGCCCUGUUCCUUUGCGACUUUGGCUCUGCUGGGUUCAUACACGGUCCAGUCCGAGUUAGGAGACUAUGAUCCUGAUCUGCACAGCCCGGAUUACAUCAGUGAAUUUAAAUUGGCCCCAAACCAGACAAAAGAGCUUGAAGAGAAGGUUGUGGACCUUCAUAAAACAUACAGAUCCAUGACUCCAGCCCAAGCAGACCUGGAAUUUCUUGAGAAUGCAAAAAAGCUGUCAAUGUAUGGAGUCGACCUUCACCAAGCCAAGGACUUGGAAGGAGUGGAUAUCACUCUGGGAGUCUGUUCCAGUGGCCUUCUUGUUUACAAAGAUAAACUCAGAAUCAACCGCUUCCCUUGGCCCAAAGUCCUGAAGAUUUCCUACAAACGCAGCAGCUUCUUUAUUAAGAUUCGGCCAGGGGAGCAAGAACAGUAUGAAAGUACAAUUGGGUUCAAGCUACCGAGUUACCGGGCAGCAAAGAAGCUGUGGAAAGUAUGCGUUGAACAUCACACAUUUUUCAGGCUGACUUCCACUGAGGCCAUCCCAAAGAGCAGGUUUCUGGCACUGGGCUCCAAGUUCCGCUACAGCGGCCGGACACAGGCACAGACCAGGCAGGCGAGUGCCUUGAUCGACCGACCCGCUCCCCAGUUCGAGCGGACAGCAAGUAAACGAGCCUCCAGGAGCCUCGACGGAGCGGUGGCCGUGAUAACCCCUGAGAGGAGUCCCCGUCCCACCUCUGCCCCGGCCAUCGCUCAGAGCCAUGCUGCAGAACCAGUCCCAGCUAAGCCCGACGUGAAGGAUGUGGUCGCUACCUUCAAAGUAGAAAAGGAAGCAGCAAAAUCUGAUGUGAGGCGUGAAGAAAUCCCACCAGAGAAAGCCAAGCCGGAGCCAGCCGAUGCAUCAAAGGUGAGGAAAACGCACAUUGAGGUCACAGUACCCACCACGAAUGGUGACCAGCCCCAGCAGCCUGCAGAAAAAGAGGAAGAACUGAUAAGAAUGAGGAAGAAAAGAUCAAAGAGGCUAGAUGGUGAAAACAUUUAUAUCAGGCAUAGCAAUUUAAUGUUGGAGGAUCUAGAUAAGACCCAAGAAGAAAUAAAGAAGCAUCACGCCAACAUCAGUGAGUUGAAGAAGAACUUUAUGGAGUCCGUCCCGGAGCCUCGGCCGAGUGAAUGGGACAAACGCUUGUCCACUCACUCCCCUUUCCGAACCCUCAACGUCAACGGGCAGAUUCCCACGGGAGUGGAUGGAGUCAAGAAAGUCACUGUCCUAUCUUCUGAGAGACAGGUUGGUGGGCUUGAGACACAGGAACGUCCUCUGUUAGUACAGGAUGAAGACAAACUAAAAAAGCAGGAGAUACCUACUGAGACAGCCUUUCCCCGGCAAGCAAGUGAAGAAACUCUUCCAAAGGUUUCUAUUCCAAUUCCUGAAGAGCAGAAAUCACUCAAAAAGUGUCAGCUGUACUCUAGCAUUUUUCCUUCUCCACGUAUUCCCUUUAUGAUGUCCUUUCUCCUGGUCAUAGCACUGACUGUUUGGUGGCUGCUCUUUCUCUGAGUGGCAACAGGGUCAUGUUGAAACCUCAAGACCAAAGCUCCUGAAUUUCUUGGCUGUAGCCUCUGCUGCAUCUUCCUUGUCCUGGUCUUCCCUGUCUCCGUAGUUUGCUGUCCCAGGGAGGGACACCCCGCGGCCGUCGUGUUAAUCCUGCUCUGUGUCGUUGUGUAGCUGUGAUCCGGGACCUGGCAGGAGUGGUCAUGGAUUGCCAGGUCCAUUCCGAAGUUUCCUAGUGUGCAAAAGCAAAUUCUCUGAACCAUGCUCCUGAUGGCUGUAAGAGGGCAGACGGGGAGCGUAAAUACGUAGGAGGAGACGUUUGCUUCUUCAGCCCCUGUAGCCUUCACGUAGGAAUUGCCGAAGACUCGCUUUUAAGCUUCUUGUUUUAAGUGUAAGAUGUUCACAAGCUGAAGAAUUUGAUACUGAUCCGCAAGAGGGUCUACAGCAAUCUGCUGAAUCUAAUCCAUAACCACUCCUUUUCUAGGAAACUAAGACUGGUAUUUAAAUACAAAGUGUUGUUUAUCAAUGCUGCUGUUAGUGUUAACUUUGAGACAGGGAUGGGCGACUUUUCAUUUUCCCAGUGGGGGGGAAGCCUUUUGCAAAGCAUCGCCGCUUCCCUCUCGCACCCCUAUUCUCGUUUCCAAGGAAGUACAUCCUGUUAUAGGAGAAAACCCAUUGCAAAGGAAAUAUUUAUUGUAAACAUAGAUUAAUCAUUUUUCUGAAUCUGGUGGUCUUGGUGCACUUCAGAUGUGGGUUUGUUUUUUUUUUAAUUUGUGUUGAACUAACUGAUGCAUGUUCGCUUAGGUCGCAGGAAUGGAGUGACCUGCUGUUAGGUACAUCUCCUCUGUUAGCAUGUUGACUUUACCCACAUCAGGACACACUUCUAAUGUUAAAGCCAUCGAUUGUUUUGACUUCUCUAACAAAACCGUUGCAUGCCGCUUGUUGUUUCUUGCCUACAAAUGUAAAUGUCUGGAUGAUGCUCACGUUUAUCCGAGUUACCCUGGUUGAGCUGCAUAGGCUCUGGGAUGAGUUGCCCAGCUGGGCUGAGCAGAACUGGUUUGCAAAGCCGGAGGGAAGAUGGGACUUUGUGUCUACGGGGUUUCUUUUCUGUAUAUAGUAAUUAUGGGACCGAGCUGAGCCAACUGCUUCUCCUUUCGGUAGUAAUCUGCUUUCUGUUGCUUUCUCUGGAGGAUUGGUGCAGACACAGUUUAUUCUGAGAACAGCCACCAGUGCCAUCAGUGUUGGCAGCUGCUCCAGCAGCACAGAAGAGAAAGGAGUAGACCUUUAUUACGGGGACUAAAAUGUGUGAAUAUAUAUAAAUACAUGUAUUUAUAACCCUUUCUAGAUCUGUAUCUGUGUGAACAGUGUUAUUUAGGAAGCUAGCAGAUAAGCUUGCAGGAAAAAGACAUAAGGCAAAUACGGCAUGUGCUGUCUGAUCUGAAGGACCGUGGUGUAUCACGGACCAUUUGAGCCACUUCUCUUGCUCUCAGUGUACAGGUUGAGGCUCUCUAAAUGCUGUCUCAGAAACUUAGGUUGCUAGUGAAACCCUUAGUUUUAAUCUUGCAGGAAUCUUUCUGAUUACUCUUGUAACCUGCUCUGAUUAGUUCACCGGUUUGUGCCUUUAGGACUUUGUUUUUGUGAGGAUGCUGGUUUUUCAUUGGAAAGUAUUCUUCCCUUUUUAAUACACUGCCUUUAAUACACAGUCUUCCUCUUUCAGUGGUUGGAAGGUGUAGAAGUCACUGGGUUGUUGUAGAGGCAUACCGUGGUGCCAGGGAGAGCUGUCAGCAUCGCAGCCUGCCUGCUGCCUGCGUUCUCAGCACGGGCAGCGGACGGACGGUGCUGCUCGGCGGGCUGCGUGCCUGCACCCUAGGAACGCGCCUUAGGACGCACGUGAACUCCAUCGAGCUCGGCGUGAAGUUUAGGAAGGCUAUCUCGAGAAGGUGGGCCCUGCAGAGGUAGGAGAGGCGGGGAAGGAUGCUGAGGUGCCACGUGCUGUGCAGAAAAUACAGGAUGGGAGAAGCCAGGGGGGAUGCUUCUGGCUGGGGUUCCUUGCCUGAAGCUCUUUCCCAAAAUUGGAACAGGCAUGAUGAAAAACAGGGACUGUUUGUUUUCCCUGACGUGACGUGGAGAGGGAAUGGACGGGAUUUUUCUGUCCAUAUUCCCUGGAGAAGAGCAGCUUAAACACACACCUGCUUCCUUUCAAAAGCCAUUGCUUGGGUUAGCUGCUGCGAUGCUGCUUUGAGCGGUGUUGAGGUUCCCGCACGCUCUCUUUCUGAACCGAUGAUGAGUACUUUGAAGCCAUACCAGUGGCUUUUGCAAAGCCAUGGUUUCUGUAGCUCUAUCUACCAUUUCCAAAGGACCCGAAGUCUAAAAAUCUUUGCCCAGAGCAAUGUCUGAACAUAGUGCUCAGGGUAUCUUAUCCCGGAGUGAUGAGAGAUGCGCUCUGUUGGUCACUUAAACGCAAUUCUUUAGCUUCUUAAUUAGAAUGGUCUCUCUCUGUCUUUUUCUUUUUUUAAACUUGAGAUAAGGCUGGUUAUCAUCAGCAGAAAAACUUUGAAACUUUACAUUCUGAGAAUGCUCAGGAACAUUUUUGGGAUUUAUAUAACAGCUAUCACUGCAGAGUAUAAAGAAACUGAACAAAUACUUUAUAUUUCUAUGACAGUUUAGAGGCCAGUUACCUAUAUUCAUCCGGGUGGAUAUGAUCUCUUCUGACAGAGAAAGCCCAUAGCUUACCAGGAACAGAAACCUCAUCUGUUCGAUGCCGCAGUGAUGUGCCCGCUGUGCUCCAGCCCCUUUGCCAGUCGCUCCUCCGCUUUUUUUCCCUGUUUUCUUGUAAGGCAAAGGGGUUACAGACGUGCCCCAUGGCAGUCCACGUAAGGUCUCGUUCCUGCACAUCAUGUAUCUUGUACGUGUCGGUGCUGUGCUGGUUGAUUCCUGCUUUCACCCUUUUCCCUUGAUGUCCGUGCAGGAUGUGGUGCCGAAAGAAGGGAUUUUGGGAUGCCUGCUGUCGUACCCGUGCACAGGGAGAGUUGAUACGCUCUAGCUGUGUUUAAGGGCAGAGGUCUCAGGGUUUUCGUAAAGGAACCAGUGCGUGUAUGUUGCUCCCUUUUUUCCUCAGGAACAAACUUGUUGCAGAGCAUCGGCAGCCCCCCCGGCUGCCUGCCCCGACACCAUCACUGGCCCCGAGCGGUGCUGGGAUUAUUGCACCCUGUUCGUAUGCGGCUGGUGCAAUGCCAGUCUGUGAGUAAUGGAGAACUGAAUUACCCUUUCCCAAAGGGCAGCUGGAAAUGUCCGCAGCACGUAACUUCAUCCAAGUUGGCCUGAGAAAUCCUGAUUUUUUUUUUUCAAUGUGACCUGCUGCAGAAAAUGACAUUUCAGUUACUCUGGCAUACUGGUGACAUAGCUAUGAUAAGACUGCCAGCAGUUUUGAUUUAAAUUAGACUUUCCCAGUGUUUUGUGGGCUGGCCACUCGGCUGCAGCAAGGCUCUUUGGUGCUAACGUGUGGGAUCCAGUUAGCAGCUGUCGAAGCUUCAGCAUUUUCCAUCACAAAAUUGGUGGUGGUUGGCUCCGCGCUCACUUUCUGAAUCUUCUUACCCUGGUACCAUCUCCUCUGAACAGAUAGCAUCUUGUGCUUUCAUGCUUUGAGAACAGCUGGGCAUUAGUAUUUUGAAGCAGCAAGCAUGCCAGAGCCGAUGGCUUGAAACUUGGAUUCAGCUCUGAGGCUGCCUUAGGUAUCGGGCUCUGUGUGUGAUGAUCAUCGGUGAUAUUUGAGGUGUGCAUUACUGUAAAACAACAUCCCUUUUCUUUUCCAUUAUUAAAAGUGAACAACUCAAUGAAGGUAUUGUCUGCAACUCCUGCCCUGUGCUGCUUUGCCCGGUGGGUCAAUAGAAGAUGAACUGAGGACUCUCAUGGGCAGGUCAGGUUAGGGUAUGGGGUUAAGCUAAGACCAGCUCUCCUCCCUUGCAGUUUGUGCGGUAACUAGUGAUGACCCUGAAAAGUUGGUAUUCAAUGUUUAUCUCCUAUCCUGAAAUAAUGAGGAAAGGUGGAUUUCCUCAGCGUGGCACCAAAAGAGUAGUUUGUGUUUGCAGGAACGAGGUAGGGCUGGCCUUGCUGUGUCCGUACAGCGGGGUUCCUCGGGAAGGUGAUGGGCAAAGUGUCUUUCUCUUCACGUAAGGGUGAAUAAUUUGUGACUGGUAAUUAUUCCCCUGGUUUCUUAGGUUUUCUUUUUUCCUGGUCAUGAGUUGAUGUUGCCUGUUCUGACAUACAGACUGAGGUAGGAUGCUUUCUGGAAAAAUUCAGCCCAAAGAAGGGUUACGGAUUCAUUUAGAACCUCUUUGGUCUGCACUUACCAGUGGGUGACACUGGAGAACCCGACAGUGGUGGUUUCUCUUGUGUCCCUGUUUGCAUCUGCCUCGGUUUGUGAAGCUGGAGGGAAGGACUAGCCUUGGUUUGUGCCGCUUUGGGAUCUUCUAGCAUGGUACAUGGUCGUGUUGGAUCAGUUUGCGGGGACUGAAAACACUUUCUUUUUUACCUAAAAUGCUCUCUUUUGGAACACUUUUUCGGUUUUGUAUUUUUUCUCAGAUUUUUCUUUGUAAAUAUGUACAUUUAUCAUUAAUAAAUGUUACUGCAAAUCAGAUUCUUCUUUCCACUGCUUAUUAACAAAAAAAGGUGUGUAUGACCUGUGUUAACGACUUCCUUGGACUAACCCUCAGUAUUGCUUUCUCAAACCAGGAGCCAUCAGACCCCAGGUCAUUACCAGUUACGUUCAGGGUGUUGGGUCAUCUGGGCGCCCUGUAUGGGUUUUGUGCUCCUGGGGAGAGGGGCACACAAGGCUGCGGCUGUAAGCUCUCAAACUGGCCAGAAUUAAUUCAAUUGAGGACUAAAUCUGGCUUGGUUUAAGAAAGGCUUUGUUUGCAGAGGGGUCAAAAGGUUCAGCCCUCUACCAAAUACUUAAAGUAACACUCACAGGUUCUCCCUCUGCGCUUCUGAGACUGAACGGGAGGAAAAAAUCAUUUGCAAAAAGUUGUCCCGAGACCAGAAGCGUCGCAGGUCCUGCGCAGUGCAGCUGUGACAGCCUCUGCCCUCCAUGUUGUAUUAAUUUGAGGACAAAAAUGCUCCCUUCUGGUUUUGUAAGCAAAGAAACCACGUUCCUUAUUAACCACCGCCUUUCUGCUUGGUAAUACAAUGCACGCCUCUGGUUGGGUUUUCGCUGGUUGAAGCUGCCUGAGGUGGUGUCUAGAGGCUUGUAUCAAGAGUUAGUCUUGAUUGUAACUCUCAACUUUUCUUCCGGGAAAUUAUUUACUUCUGGUUAAACUGUUUGGCUCAUUCUGUGCUGUCACGAGCGAUCACAGGAAAGCAAAUCCGGCUGCAGUGGAGCAGCACGAGGCUUGUGCUGCUGCUCUCCUGGAUGAGCUUGGCAUCAGGCUGAGCUGUAACUUGAUUUGUACAAAGCAAGCGAAAUGCAGCAGCGCAGAAGUGAUGUCAGUUCUAAAGCCUGACGGUAUCCCUACUCUUCUCACUGGCUGUGGCUACACUAAAUGGGAGGCAAUGUUUGCAAUGCCACUAGCAGCUUUUGCUCUGCAGAGGGAACUUGGAAUCAAGAAGCGCACAGCGUUGUGCCCCCUAUCCAAGGGUACCUGCCCUCCAGAAGGGAUGGGAAGGGAGUCAGGGUGGAUGGGGAGAGGGAACGCUGCUGGAAUCAUAUUGCUCAGCAACUUUAUUUUAAUAACUUCAGUGUUGAUCUUAAGGUUGUUUCGUGUUGCCAAGUAGUUGAUGCAGUGGAUUGGAAGUGGCUGCUGUGGAUCAUGUAAUAUCUUGGGAUUCUUGUCCGUGACAGCAAGUUAAUCUUUUUAAGCUUGUAGAAUGCUGUGUAUUUUCUAGCCUUUUAACUUUGGUCAAAUUCUCUUUUAUCCUUCUGUUGUCUGACUAGGCUGGUCAGGAUGUUGUGAUCAGAUCAAUGGCAAUUAAAAAAAUCAGCCCCAAAAUGCAAAUCUGUAGGUAACAGCCACUAUUUUCAAAUGCCUGGGUUUGUUGAACAGCUUCUAAACUUUUUACCUUCUAUCUUCAAGGCAAAGCAGUUCUAUAAGGCAUGGCGGGUAUUGUAAAAUAAGGAUCUCUUGUUUUCUGCUUUAUAAUACUUUUCACCCAAGUGCUUUGACAGCUGUGAGAUUUGAGCAUCAUUUGAUCUGGGAGUUCUCACUGGUGAGUGUGGUUUGCUGCAAAAGCAACGUCAUCUACUUGUGCAUCCAUAGACGGUGGCACCGAGCCUGUUCGCUUCCGUGGAUACUUGUUCGGGGAUAACCUAAUAACAUGCGCCAGCGUUCACGACUGCAACGCCAUACUGAAAAAGAAGGGGACUGGGAAGUACUAAUUCACUGGAAUUUAUAGCAUUUCACAUGGCGAGUGUUGUAGGGAGUUAGCGUGCUCUGUAAAUUCAUAUUUUUACCAAUUUUUAUUCAAUGUCUUUGGUAACUGGCAGGUUGACAUCAUUUUAGCACUCCUUAAGUUUCCUGCAGGGUAGGAAUGUGGUUUGGGAUGAGGAUAAUUGAAUAUUUGUGGGGCGAGAGGCAGCAGCAUGCCUGCACGGCCUGCAGAAAACAGGCAUCCACCCCAGCAGUGCAGGGCAGCUGGUUCGUACGAAUAGAUCCUGAUCCAAAACAGUAGGUUCUUGAAAAAAAUACAGGCAAACAAAUGGAUACAAACCCACUUUUUAAGAAAAAUAAAUCCUUUUGGUCGCUGGUAUCAGCCAUGCAAUUAAGCCUGUUAUUAAUUUAUCCCCAGUCUGAAUUACCGUGUGUCACUUCUUACACUGUAACGCUUAAGCUGUAUCCUCGGUAUUUGUCCCCAUCAGGUGCACAGAGAUUUGUAUUUAGCAGGGUAACGUUUUAGUUGCAUUCAUGUCCAGUUGGAUUUGUUUCUUCUGGGGCAUUGCAUCCUGUCCUCUAUUUUCUUUACACUGUGGAUGGCUUACGCGAAGAAGUCUGCUUGGUGCUUGAUUUCGGCGUCGCUGGUUUGGUUUUGUGUCUCUGGACAUGAGUAGUUUGCAGCCCAGGCACUCUCAGGUUUCCUGGGUCUCAAGGAGAGCUUGGAACUCUGCAAAUCUGAGCCCUAAAAAUAGGAAUGCUUUUGCGUUUGCAAAUUCAAAUAAAUCUUGAUAAGAUCAGAAUUUGUAACAGAUGUUCAAAUUCCUAGGGGGGGGGUUGCUUUUGGUUUUGGUUUUUAUAAAAGGAUAAUCUUUUCUAGCCUACGUACAAACUGCAGUUUUAAAUAUAGGAGCAAACAUAUUUGUAUU